AUGCUACCGAGCGACCUGCAGUCAACAAAGGAUAUGCUGAGGCCCCACUUCCUCCAGGACAGCAAAGAUAUGGGUGUGGGUACCCAGCGGAGAAUAGGUAGCCCAGGGCGAGAAGGGAUUAGUGGAAACGGUGGUGGUCCAACUCACUCCAGUCCACAAUCGGUUCACGUCAACAGACCCAGCUUCAGCGGUAUCCCCUUUGGAGAUUUUUCCGCCCUGACGAACAGUCUCCAUCUGCAUCAUUCCAAUCCGUCCGACUGUGCGCACAGAGCCGAUGCCCGUUCACCCAAUGAAGGAGGACUACGUCUAGUGGAACCCAUGGUAUCAGCAGGGCUUCAGUCGCGCCCCAGCCCCCUGCUCUCUUCCAAUCCUCUGACCUCUUUCCCAAUGUGUUCCGUUCCAAUGCCGCUGGUAGAUGCUAGCCUGAUGCUGUCCUCACCACAGUUUCAGGGUCUGUUGCCCGGCCUGAACUCCCCACUGUCUGGUCUGAUGCCUAACUCACAGGUCAACUACUGCCCCCCUCCAUCUUGCCCCUCAGUCAGACAAUCUGAAGCCUCUGAGUCUGCGGGCCGUCCAACCGCAAAUGACUGUUCACCACCGACAACCUCCUCCUUCCCAGAGGCCUUCCUUGGACCGCUUCCGGGCAUGGCUCCGCCUCCACCCUGCUCCCUCCCGAGUGCUACCGAACUAAAUGGGUUCUCUGCGGCCAGAGCAUGGCUCUCCUCCUUCGCAAACCUG